CCCCUUUUUCGUCAUCAACAUGCGGCGAGUGUUUACAGGAAGCGUGGUUCCUUUUAUCCACGCUGGAAACUCCUUUUAAAGUUUUUAUUAUGACUAUGGAUAUUACGUUUCUUGGUACUGGGUCGGCUUACCCGUCCCCUCACCGCGGUGCCUCGGCUCUGGUUCUGCGUUUGGACGGGGACUGCUGGUUGUUUGACUGUGGAGAGGGAACCCAGACUCAGCUGAUGAAGAGCCAGCUGCGAGCCGGUCGAAUCACCAAGGUUUUCAUCUCCCACUUGCACGGAGACCACUUGUUCGGUUUGCCUGGUCUUCUUUGCACCGUAAGCCUCAACAGCAGCGCUGAAUCCCAACAGAACCUGAAAUGUGUGGAUAUCUACGGGCCCCGGGGCCUUCGACACUUUCUCAGGGUCACACUGGGGCUCACAGGAUCACAACUGCUCUUCCCUUAUGCAGUUCAUGAGCUGGAGCCGACACCAGACCAGUGUCCACAAGAGGGACUGCUUAGUAUUGAGCUAGCCACGGAGCGCGGCCCGCUCCAUCCCCAGGAGCAGCCUGGCAGGACAAUUUGUCUGGAUGCUGAAAGUGACUCUUACCUUCUCUUUGAGGACAAGAAGUUUGUAGUGAAAGCCUUCAGGUUGUUUCACCGCAUCCCUUCUUUCGGGUUUUGCAUUCAGGAGCACGAUCGACCAGGGAGACUUAAAACUGAGCUACUUAAAGAACUUGGCAUGAAGCCAGGACCUCUUUUUGGACGUCUGAAAGCUGGGGAGACAGUAACUCUGGAAAAUGGGCGUGUGGUUCUGCCCAGUGAGGUUCUGGAGAAGGCCAUCUCAGGAAGGAAAGUCUGCAUUUUAGGAGACUGCAGCUCCGUGCUCGGGGAGGCGGCGCUCCGAUUGUGUCACGGAGCGAACGUGCUGGUUCACGAGGCCACGCUGGGGAACGAGCAUCAGGAAAAGGCCGUGGAGCACGGACACAGCACGCCUGGGAUGGCGGCAGCGGUGGCGCGGGCCUGCUGUGCGCAAAGGCUGGUUCUUUACCACUUCAGUCAGAGGUACAAACCCAGCUCGCUGCUGAAGGACGGGGACGAGAACGAAGUGUUGGGGCUUAAGAGGGACGCUGAGGAGGCACUUCAGGGCAGAGACGUAGAGGUGACACUAGCAGAGGACUUCAUGACUCUACCUGUUCCUCUAAGAAGGUAACAAACUGUUUACAUUACUAGUGUCCAAUUGAGUAAUAAGAAAAGAAGCAAAAUCUAAAAAAAGGAGAAAAUUGAAGAGAAUUAGCAGUUCUGGGGAAAAAAAAGUUUCUUUUAAUCUUUUUACAACCAAAGUUAAAAAAGUUUGCGUCUUUAUUGAGUAAAUAAUCCACAUUUUCACUGGUGUUAAAUGAAAACAUCGAUUCCACAGCAAAGAAACUCAGUUUCACUGAACCUUUUCCAGAGCUUUAUUUCUGGAUCUGUACACAAGGUAUUCAAGUACAACAUAAAAUACAAAAUAAUGUUUAACAAAAGGAAGAAAAAGAACAGCAAUGUUUAUGUACAAUUUCUAUAAACAAUAAAGAUAGCUUCUUGAACAUUUCUCAUAGUGAAGUUUUUGAUUGUCUAUAUUUCUGGAUAUACAUUUUUUAAAAUUUGCAGGUUUUUAUUCACAAAGGUAUUUCUUUUUUCCAAAGGAUUUGAGUUUUUUUUCCCUCUAUUCUUUUUUUAAAACCACAACUGCUUUAUUUCUCUUUUUUUAAACUUCAAAACACAAUACAAAAUAUAAAAUAAAUUUGUUUAGUGCUCUCCUGCACACAAGUCUCAUAGAAUAUCACAUUUUCGAGUUCACAGGGUGGUGAAAAUGUACUUUUACUACUUAAUGGCCUUUACAUUCUGACAGUUUUCUUCAUCUUUGUACAAACCACAGGUGAAAUAAAUAUCACUGCACCGCUAAAGCUAGAAGACCUUGAAGGACCUACUGCAUUAUGCACGUUGCAUUAAAAGAGAAACUAGCUCUCCACAGACUUGGAGCAGCAGCCACCCCUUUACCAUCAAGACAGAUAUAGACCACGACAUGUGACGUUUUUUUCCCCCAAUGAAAGAAAGAUGCGUCUUUUACACAUGGCUGCAAGUCUCAAAUGCAAAAAAAAACUAAAUUGCAACAUUGAGUUAAUAUCAAUACGUCUUUAGGUAAAGCCGUUUUCAGUGGUACACUUCAGGGACAAGCACAGCUGGCAUGCGUCUUUUCAGCCGUGUCCUGGUGUUUGGGUAGUAUGUUUUUGUUUGUUUUUUUCAAAAAAGAGAAAAAAUAAGUUUGAACAACAAGCCAAAGAAGUAGAAUGCAAAACCCCAAAAGUCUGUACAUAUAUACAAAUUAUUGCCUUUCUGACAAGGUAUCAAAUAAAGACUCAUGUAUCAACACAGAUUCACAAGUGUAAGAGGUCAGUUAAUAGACUAUUUAAAGGCUAUUUGCUAUAUAUUUACAUGAAAUACAAAGGUGGAUAUUCCUUUUCUGAUGCUGGGCUUGGAAACCAAAUUACUCAACCAAACCGAUGACUUUCAAAAUGACCAAUGGUUGGUGAGAAACCUCUGCAAAUGAUAAAAUACUACAUUUCUGGACUUGACAAACACGAUGUGCCCCUUGAAACAAACUAAAUAGUCAUAGCACAAUGCAUAGAUAAAUUAAGUAAACACUACAGCAUCAGAUGAACCGAUGCUGACCGCCUAAACAUUUUUAACAUUUCACAAUUAUGGACUUCAGUCAAGCAAAUCCGCUCCAAUUCUGCUACUUUACUCCCACAAAGUUGUCAACCAGAUUUUUAAAAAGGCAUCUCUAGUCAGGACAGGGUAGGCAGAGGUUCAGUACAAAAUGACAGAAGCUUUUAACGUAAUACUGCUAGCAGGUUUACCCGAGCUGGCUAAUAAGUCAGAAAAAAAAACAACAAAUGGCGCUACUUUAAUUUUACCACUUCUACAAAAAAAAAAAAAAAAAAA